AGUCGGGACUCGACGAUGGUCCGUUACGCGUUCGUUACGCUCGUGCUGUUCUUCGCCGCGGCGGUGCCGCGGCACCGACGCGACGCGGCCGGCCAGUCGAACGACUGGUCCGCGUCGUACCACUCGAGCGUGGCCAACGGGUUCAAAGCCGCGGCCGCGGCCGGGCACCAGACGGUGGCCGCGGCGAGCGACAGUUCGACGGCCGCGCACAGGUUGCCGGCCGGCGUGACGCCCGUGUCGUACGAGCUGCGCGUGGACACCGACCUGGACAGGCUGUCGUACUCGGGCAGCGUGCAGAUCGCUAUCGUCUCGACGGUGGCGCCCAAGCUGUGCCGGUUCGUGCUCAACGCCAAAGACGUCCGGGUGACGGCCGUCCGGGUGACCGACGUCGUCACCGGCGCACCGCUGACCGUCGGCGACUGGCGACUGGACGACGGCGACGAGCGGCUGACCGUCGUGGUAGACGGCCGGUGUCUGAUACCCGCCCGGCGCUACGCGGUCGCCGUCGACUUCCAAGCGCCGCUCCGGGACGACAUGUCCGGCUACUACAGGAGUUCGUACCUCGAGGGCAACGUCACCAAGUGGUUGGCCGUGACAAAAUUUGAACCCACGCACGCGAGAAAAGCAUUUCCCUGUUUCGACGAACCCGCGCUAAAAGCACCGUUCACGGUGUUCAUCAAAAGGCGGUCACAUCAGAUAUCACUGUCCAAUAUGCCGUUGAUUAAUUCCACUAAAAUACAAAAUACGGACAUGUACUGGGAUCACUACACGGAGACUCCGCCGAUAUCCACGUACUUGGUGGCGUUUUUCGUGGGCGAGUUUUACGCCAUGAAAACGCGUAACAUCGGAAUAUACACGCACAAGCAUUACGUGAAGCAGGCCGAAUACAUUGCGGACAAAUCGCCUAAACUACUCGAAGCGAUGGAGAAAUUCACUGGAAUAGAUUACACGUUGCCCAAAUUGGAUUUGCUGGCGAUACCGGAUUUCGCGGCCGGUGCGAUGGAAAAUUGGGGUUUGAACACAUACAGGGAACGGCUGUUAUUGUUGUCAGAAGACUCGAAAACCAAAAUCAAAGAGUUUGUGACGACAGUCGUGCAACAUGAACUCUCUCAUCAGUGGUUUGGAGACCUGGUGACGUGCGCGUGGUGGGACUAUUUGUGGCUGAACGAAGGUUUUGCAACGUUUUUCGAAUAUUUGGCAACUAAAACGGUUGAACCGGAUUGGCGGCUAGAGGACGUGUUUGUGUACGAAGUCCAUCAAGUGGCCUUGGACGCAGACCAAAUCCCGAUGCACCCAAUUUCCGGUUCCGUCGAGACCCCGGCACAGAUUCGGAGCAUGUUCGACGAAAUAUCUUAUGACAAAGCAGGGGCGGUGCUCCGGAUGUUACAGUACGCGGUGACCGAAGACAAUUUCAAAAAGGCGUUGAACCUGUAUCUGAGAGAGAACGAGUUUAAAGCGGCUACUCCUGAAAAUCUGUGGGAUGCGUUCGAAAACGUUCUCUACGACGAGCAAUUUGAUUUGGGGACAAAUGUGACCGUCACCGAAUACAUGAGGUCUUGGACGGAACAACCCGGUUACCCGUUGGUCGAAAUCACUAGAGACAACGGCACGUUCGUCAUAACUCAGCAACGAUUUUUGGUAUAUGGCUCUAAUGAUAAUACCGAUAAUAAUGUGACGGAAUGGAUUAUCGGUCUGACUUAUACGACGCAAAAUAGGAAGGAUUUCAACGGCGUUUUGCCCAAGAUUUGGCUAAAGGGAAACAAGACUGUUUUGACAGAUCCAGACGGAACCGGAUGGUAUAUUUUCAAUUUACAGUCGAUCGGAUUUUUUAGAGUUAAUUACGAGGAAGAAAAUUGGAACGCGUUAAUUAGUCAGCUGCAUAACGACUGCAAUGAAGUACACGUGUUGAAUAGGGCUCAGCUGAUAGACGACGCGUUUAAUUUGGCCAAAGCGAGUCGAAUGGAUUAUGCGAUGGUUUUGAAUUUGUCGGAAUAUCUGAAAAAUGAAAACGACCCAAUUCCGUGGUAUUCAGCUCAAAACGGAUUCGCGUAUUUGUUGAACCGCAUGAGACGUUGUCCGAACGGUUACAAGCAACUGAAGACUUACGUGGGGCACUUGGCCGGAUUGAUUUACGCGAAAACCGAAGAUCUCGUCGUGAACCGCAACUGCACGGACCACACCGUCAACACGGGCUGGAACUCGUUCUCGAGUUGGGCGUGCAAACUGGACAACGCGCAGUGCACAAAAUCGGCCUCGUCUUACUUCCAGAAAUGGCGUCGGGGUGAAAACAUACCAGCCGAUAUCAGGGACGCGGCGUUUUGCGUCGGUGUGAAACACGGCGAUCCGGAAGUGUGGAAUAGCGUGCUGAACGUGUACGUCCGUUCCGAAUCGGCAUCCGAUCGUCAGUCCGCUCAGUUGGCGUUGGCUUGUUCCAAAGAUCGCGUUCAACUGUCAAAGUAUUUAGACUUCAUGUUUGAAGGGUACAACGGCCCGAUUCUGCCACAAGACUUUAGAGUCAUAUACCGCACGUUGGCGUCGACGCCGCAGGGCAUCAGGGCGUUGAUCGAUUUCUUGACCAACAAACUCGAUCGGAUCGUAAACGAAAUAAUCAACGGGGAACAAGUUGCCAUGUCUAUAUAUGCGUUAUUGGCUUCUGAGGUGGCUCGCGACGAAGAAAUACGCAAGAUUGACAGUCUGAGGAAAAACGCUUCGGUACCGGAACGUCUUCGGAAGGUAUUCGACGCGUCGUACCGGAACCAGGUGGACGACAACCUGGCAUGGUUCGACUUGCACCAUUCGGCCAUCGGCGAAUGGUCCACGGCCACGGUGCUCAGGCUCGGAUUGUCGGACGACCCGACGCCAGGCGGCCCCCGUCCCACCGGCAACUCCACCGACGACGACCCGCCCGAAACGUGGACCAGCGAAACGCCCAGCGGCGCUGUCGGCCGGUCGCUCGAUGCGCCCGCCACCGUUUGGCGCGUCUUGUUCGCGUCGGCGGCGCUGUGGCUGUGCUCAUCGCGACGUCACCUGCUGUCGCCGCCGUAUUUUAGCUCACGAGUCUGCAGGAGCUGUAUUUGUUGCGAGUGUUCGUCGUGCACUGCAGCUGCAAUCAUGUGGAGAUAUUUUUUGGUCUGCGUAUUUUGUUUGUCCACUCGAAUCCGGCAGUCAAGCAGUCAGGCAGAACAGAAAGAUGUAACCACGAACGACGUGUUCCGGUUGCCCGGCACGACGGUCCCGGACCAGUACGACUUGCGAUUCGAGUUCCAGGACUUUAAUGGUGUCGAUAACUUGACGUUCAGUGGCGUCGCGAAUAUAAAUGUCACUGUCGUCUCGUCCACCAGUGUCGUGACCCUGAAUCUCAGGGACCUGAACGUGACCAACGUGACGGUCGCGGACACAACGUCCUACUCGACGAGGUAUUUGCGUGUAAGCGAGUACCUGGUGAACGACGAACAGUUCGAAGUUCGUCUAGACAGGACCGUACCGUCAGGAAGACACUUGCAGGUGUCGAUCACGUACGUCGGCAAUAUCAGAACUGAUAUGACUGGUUUGUAUUUGAGUUCUUACGAGGAGCAAGACACGACCAAGUGGUUUGCUGUGACACAGUUCGAACCAACUUAUGCGAGGAGAGCGUUCCCGUGUUACGACGAACCCGCGUAUAAAGCAACGUUCAACAUAUCAGUGGUCAAACAAAAGCAUCAGAUCGCGCUGUCCAACAUGCCAAUCCGGUAUACCGAACCCGGUUUGAACCAAACGGAAACGGUUUAUUUCGUCCAAACCCCACCGAUGUCCAGUUACUUGGUUGCCAUUUACGUGGGUGAAUUCGUACCAAGCAACAAUAAUAAGAGCGAUUCGUCAACGAUAACGGUUUACACGCACCAAGAAUUAUCCAAUCAAACAGAGUAUAUCUUAAACGAAGCUCCGAAACAUCUACGUGUACUGGAAGAGUACACAGGCCUGUCGUAUAUGCUGCCAAAAAUGGACUUGUUGGCAGUACCAGAUUUGAGUUUUGGGGCGAUGGAAAAUUGGGGAAUCAAUAAUUAUCAAGAAAGCUAUCUGCUGCUGUCGGACGAAUCGAAAACGAGAAUGAAAAUGCGCUCGUCUAUUAUUGUACAACACGAGUUCACUCAUCAAUGGUUCGGCAAUCUGGUCACCUGUAAGUGGUGGGACUAUUUAUGGUUGAACGAAGGUGUCGCGCAGUAUUUUCAAUACUUUGCUACCGGAAUGGUUAGGACCAACUGGUUGAUGGAAGAACUGUUUGUGGUCGAAGCGUUUCAGGGUGCAUUGGCGUAUGACCAGAAGCCCAGACAUCCCAUAACCGCGUCGGUGAGUACUCCCGAAGAGAUCAAAGACCUAUUCGAUACCAUAUCGUAUAAUAAGGCGGCAUCAGUCCUGAGAAUGUUGAAAAAUUUGAUGACCGAAAAUCUGUUCAAGUUGUCCCUUCAACGCUAUUUGUUUAAUUUUAAUCAAAAUACUGCAGAACCUUCAGACCUGUUUACAUCAUUCGAUGAGGUUCUAUACGACUACGAUUAUAACAUUGGAAAUGGAUUGGAUGUAGUUGAUUUCAUGUCAAAUUGGACGUUACAGUCGGGAUAUCCAGUUUUGAAUAUUAUGAAGAAUGGAAAUAUGUUUUUAGUGACUCAAAGCCAAUUUUACGUUAAUAAAACCGAUGGAAUCAUCAAUGAAACAGCAGCAUGGCACAUUGGUCUCACGUACACAACCGAUUUGAGCAAAAAUUUCUUUGACGUUAAACCAUCCGUUUGGACGAACAAAACAUCGGCGUUAACCAUUAUACCAGUCCGCAGAGAUAUAGAUUGGUACAUAUUCAACAUACAAUCAAUCGGCUUUUACAGGGUAAACUACGAAGUCGACAAUUGGAUGGCGCUGAUAAGGCUGCUGACCGAUACGCCCACCGAUAUCCACGUGCUCAAUCGCGCUCAGCUAAUAGACGACUCGUUCAACUUGGCGAGGUCUGGUCAAUUAGACUAUUCAGUUCCGUUGAAUAUGUCCAAAUAUCUGAACAAUGAAAACGACACUACGCCGUGGUAUUCGGCGAUGAACGGGUUCGCGUACUUGUUAGAGCGCAUGCCCCGCAGUGCCGAAGGAUACGCAAAUCUUAAGUCUCACGUCAGCAGCUUAGCGGGGACCAUAUAUAGUAAGCUGGAAUACCUCGUGUCGAACAACAACACUGCAGAGUACAGAGUGUUGAGUGCUUGGGAAACGUUUUCCAAGUGGGCGUGUAGAUUGGAGAACGAAUACUGUUCGACCAAAGCACAGAAAUACUUCGAAACAUGGCAAAACGGAGAAAAAAUACCUGCCGAUAUUAAAGACGCCGCGCUCUGCAUCGGAGUGAAGAAUAGUAACGGUUCAUCAGUCUUUAAUAACAUGCUUGCGUUAUACAUCAACACCAAGUCAUUGUCGGAAAAAUCUUCCGCGGAGUUCGCCCUAGGCUGUUCUACUAACAGGACUCAGCUAUCUGAGUACAUUAAUCAUAUAUUAGACGGGCGAAUUGAGAAAAGAUACUUCAAAUCUGUUAUAUCCGCAAUAUCUGCGACACCGUUAGGUCUCAAUGUGUUAUACGAAUUCCUUUCAACUAAUUUGAACAUAAUUUUGAACGAGCUACCUGACGGCGAAGGCGUCGCAUCAUAUAUUUACUCAACCCUAGCUACCAAGAUGACAAACGACGAUGAAUUUGAAAAACUACACAAUUUGAAAAACAAUUCCACCGUCCCCGGCUCUUUGAAAUCGUCGUUUGAAAAAUCCUAUGCAAUUAUCAAUGAUAACCUGGCGUGGUUCGAUAAGUAUGCUGAUGGAAUUAACACAUGGACAUUAGAAAAUCGAGAACCAGAUCCACAAACUACAACAACUGAGACCACGUUUACUACAGUCAUCUCUACUACUACAUCACCUAUGGCGGUUAAUCAAACGUCUAUUGCAACUUCAAUAGGUACGACAGAAAUGUCUACCGCACCUCCCGUACCCGUUACUGAACAUGUAACAACGACCACAUAUAGACCAUCCAGUGCAGCGGCGCAUGCACAUACAAGUUGUAUUAUAAUAUUAUCACUUUUGACACAAUUCGCCGUUGUCUGUUUGACGGAAUCGUCAGACGCGUCAACAACAAACGCCAUGUGUUCUAAAACGGUAGCAACAAUCGUCGCACUCGUUUCCGCAGUAAUCGCAGUCCAUCCGAUUGCUGUUUCGGCGGACCAAGCCGAAUCGUCGUCGUACCGGUUGCCGCGCGAUACGCAGCCGUUAGCGUACGGUUUGCGGCUAGUGCCGAAGUAUGACGCGGGCUCAGACAUGUACACGUUUGGUGGCCAGGUGGAGAUCCUCAUUUACGUGAACAGCAUCACACCAAACGUGACGCUCAAUGCCAAGGACAUGCAAAUCAAGAGCCUGGCUAUUACCGAGUUUAAGACCCAGACGGACGUGGCGGUGGACUCGUACGAAUUGGACAACGACGCGGAGAUUUUGAAAAUCUAUGCGGAUAACAACCUGUUGGUCGGCCGACGGUACCAGGUGAAGAUAGUUUUCCAGGGACUGCUGAGGACCGACAUGACCGGCUUCUACAGGAGCGUAUACAACGAGGAUGGUGUAACCAAAUGGAUGGCUGUGACACAAUUCAAGCCGACGUACGCAAGGAGAGCGUUUCCUUGUUACGACGAGCCAGCGUAUAAGACUCCGUUCAAUGUAACAUUGGGCAGACAAGAGCACCAGAUGACAUUAUCCAACAUGCCUCAAUACUUAACUCAAAGACUCGAAUACUACGGCUGGUGGGCCGAUCAUUAUGAAACGACACCGCCGAUACCCACAUACUUAGUGGCAGCACUUGUCGGAAAUUUGAAAAAAUCAAGUACAAUAGAAGGAAGCAUCGUCGAUGUUUACACGUACAAUGAUUAUUUGGAGCAAGUCAUGUACGUUACGACAGAAACGCCGAUGUUGUUUAGUGCCAUGGAGAACUACACGGAUAGUGAAAACCAAUUGAAAAAAAUGGAUUUCAUAUCGAUACCCGACUUUGACGGGGAUGGAAUGGAAAACUGGGGAAUAAACGCUUACCGCGAGAAAUACAUGUUGUUCGACGACGAUUCAAAAUUGAAAUUCAAAGAACGGUCGACAAUGGUGAUCCAAAAACUUUACAGCCACCAGUGGUUCGGAAAUCUGGUGACCUGUGCGUGGUGGGAUUACUUGUGGUUGAACGACGGAUUCGCCCGAUAUUUUCAGUAUUACGCGACGGAAAUGGUGAACCCGAACUGGCGGUUGAAUGAACUUUUUGUCGUAGAGCAGCAUCAGACUGCCAUGGAGUUCGACCAGACUCCGAGACACCCAAUUACCACGUCCGUCAAGACUUCCGACGAUAUCCAAAAUAUAUUUGAACGUGUGAUUUCCAACAAAGCUGCGGCUAUUUUGAGGAUGUUACAAUGCAUAGUAACUGACUCCAAUUUCCAAGAGCCCCUAAAUUUGUAUUUGAAAAACUUCAAAUAUGGCGCAGUAACCCCAAGUAAUUUGUGGGCGGUCUAUGAAAAUUAUUAUUUUGACAUUGGAUUCAAGUUGUCGGAAAACGUGCCGUUCACCAAUUUUAUUGAAUCGUGGAUAAACCAGCCAGGUUAUCCAGUGGUUAACGUCAUUAGAAAUCAAAACACAUACACAAUUACUUAUAAACCAUUUUCGAUUUGGCCGACUGAAAAUAAUACUUCCAGCUGGUACAUUGGUAUUACUUACACUAACAAUUUGGCUCGAAAUUUUGACGACUUAAGACCGGUUAGAUGGAUAAAACCUUACACGUCCGUAAUGUACUUGCGUGAUUCAAGCCUUUGCACUUGGGUGAUUUUCAAUUUGCAAUGGACUGGAUUCUAUAGGGUUAACUACGACCUCAAUAAUUGGCAGCAGCUGAUACAACAGUUGAACGAAUCAAAUACCAAUAUACACAUUCUGAACCGAGUACAGCUGAUCGAUGACUCGUUCAAUCUCGCGAGAGCGGGAAUGUUGAAUUAUACGAUACCUUUGAACUUGUCGACCUACCUGACGAAGGAAAACGACGAAAUACCUUGGUACACAGCCAUCGAGUGUUUGUCUUACGUGGUCGAACGAAUGCGUCGUAGUGCUGAGGGUUAUGAUUACAUUAAGUCAUAUGUUCGAAAAUUGGCCGAAUUUAUUUACAAAAAGACUGAAAUUUUAGUUGUGCAAUAUAAAACUGAUGACCACACGACAAUAACAAGCUGGAAUAAAUUUUCUGUGUGGGCUUGCUACUUGGAUGGUGAAUAUUGUACGAAUAAUGCAAUAGUAAAUUUCCAAAAAUGGACAGAGAGAAAAAGAAUAUCGCCUGACAUUAAAGACGCUGCAUUGUGUACGGGAAUAAAAUUAAGUAACGACACUGAAACGUGGAAAGGUGUGCUCAAGGUUUACAUGACCACCAAGUCGGCUUCAGAGAAAAACUCAGCUCAGUCAGCAUUGGCUUGUUCAAAAGAUACAUUGAUACUAUAUAAAUACCUGGAAUUUUUAUUCGACGUCAAUACUGGUGGCCCAAUACGUUUGCAAGAUUUCAAGGACAUAUGUGAUGCGAUGUCUUUGACCCCACAAGGGAUAGAAGCGCUAACAAACUUCUUAUUGAACAACAUAGAACGAAUUCUAAGACAGAUACCUACAGGAGAGAGUAUCGUUACGUAUAUUUAUAGGAUUUUAGCUUCCAAAGUAGCUCUUGAUAUUGAAAUAGCUAAGUUGACAAAUCUGAAAAACGCAGCAGGAUUGCCGCCGAAAAUUAAAGCUUCAUUCGAGGAAUCGUACGUGCAAGUGCAACAAAAUCUCUUGUGGUAUAACAGUUACCAUAGCACAAUUAACCAAUGGACAGGAGCACCAAUGGAACCCCCAACAACGUCCACACCACCGACGGAUAUGACAGUAUCUCCGACGAAUACGACUGUAUCUCCGACGAAUACGACAGUAUCUCCGACGAACACGACAGUAUCUCCGACGAACACGACAGUAUCUCCGACGAACACGACAGUAUCUCCGACGAAUACGACAGUAUCUCCGAUGGAUACGACUGUGUCGUCGUCGAAUACGACUGUGUCAUGGGAGAAUACGACCGUGUCGUGGGAGAAUACGACCGUGUCGUCGUCGAAUACGACUGUGUCGGAAGUGACUGAACCGACAAGACAAUCACCGACUUAUGCAACAUUUGAUUUCGAUAACCCAACGCCGGGUGUCAUCCACAGGUGUCCCAAUAAAUCUGGCCAACCGCCGCAUCGGAGUAGUUUAGUUUUCGUCGUCAUCGUUGUCAGCUUGGCGACAACUAUUACCGUUUUGUAAAUAUUGAAAUAAUAAAAAAACAGUAUCCGCUAAUGUUUCCGGAUUAAAAAUUAAAAAAAAAAAAAGAAAAAGUAAUAAUAUAUUUAUGUCUCACAUUUGCAGGCAUGGGGAUGUCGCUGGGAUAAUAAAAUAUGCGUUUUUCUUAA